AUGUCGAUGGAUCUUGAUGCCCCCGUGCCCUUUGCUCCUCAGGAGUCAAUCACUGCAACGAUCCUCUGUUGCAACUGUGGUGCUCCUAUUGACGGAACAACAUCGGCCGGUGCCCUGUGCCAAGAUUGUGUUAGAUUGACCGUGGAUAUCAGCCAGGGAAUCCCCCGCGAAGGUGUGAUUCAUUUCUGCAGAGAUUGUGAGCGAUGGCUCCAGCCCCCAACCGCUUGGGUCAGCGCAGCACUCGAGUCGAAAGAGCUGUUGGCACUCUGUCUGCGGAAACUGAGGGGCUUGGCGAAGGUCCGAAUCAUUGACGCAAGCUUCAUCUGGACGGAACCCCACUCGAGGCGUGUGAAAGUCAAAAUCACAAUCCAGCAGGAAGCCUUCCAGGGCACUAUCGUCCAGCAGAGUUUUGAGGUUGAAUACGUCGUUCAUGCCCAGCAGUGCCCUGACUGCCAGAAGUCUUACACACACAACACAUGGCGAGCAUCCGUGCAAGUCCGACAGAAAGUGCCUCACAAGCGCACGUUCCUCUACCUAGAACAGCUGAUCCUUAAGCAUAACGCUCACCAAGAUACGGUUAAUAUCAAGGAAGCGAAAGAUGGGUUGGAUUUCUUCUUUGCGCAAAGAAAUCAUGCCGAGAAGAUGAUUGACUUUUUGUCGUCGGUUGCGCCAAUCAAAGUGAAGAAAUCCCAAGAACUGAUUUCGAUGGAUAUCCACACUUCGACCAAGUCAUACAAGUUCAGUUACUCCGUUGAAUUGGUACCUAUCUGCAAGGAUGAUUUGGUUGCUCUUCCCAUCAAGCUGGCCCGGUCUUUGGGCAACGUCUCGCCAUUGACCCUCUGCUACCGUGUCGGUACCGCUCUCAGUCUGAUCGACCCCAGUACCCUCCAGACCGCCGAUGUGCCCACCAUGACAUAUUGGAGAGCACCAUUCAAGAACCUGGCAGAUGUUGCGGAACUGGUCGAAUUCAUUGUCAUGGAUAUCGAACCUGUUGGCCGUUCCAACGGCCGGUUCCAUCUCGCCGAGGCGACCGUUGCACGCGCGUCAGACCUUGGCUCGAACGAUCAAACCUACUUCACCCGGACACAUCUGGGAGGAAUUCUGCACGUUGGCGAUUCGGUACUCGGAUAUCUUCUUACCGGAUCGAAUUUCAAUGACCCGAACUUCGAAGCUCUGGAAGCCAGCAGCCAGUACAGCUCGAUAAUUCCCGACGUCGUCCUGGUGAAGAAGCACUAUGCUCGCAAGAAGAACAAGAAGACUCGCAACUGGCGUCUCAAGCGCAUGGCCCGCGAGUACGAAGAGGAGGCUUUGCAGCAGCAGAGUGGAUCGCUCAGCCGCAAGCAGGAGCAGGAGCAGGAGCGCAUGGAGGCAGACUUUGAGAUGUUCCUUCGGGAUGUCGAAGAAGAUCAGGAGCUCCGGGGCACCUUGGCUCUAUACAAGGCCAAGAAUGCCGUCCAGAACGAUCGUAUGGCAGGUGUCGAGAGUGGUGCAGGUGGUAUGGAUAUGGAUGAUGACGAUGAUGAGAGUGAAGAUGGUGUACCCAAGAUCAGCAUGGAUGAGCUUCUCGAUGACUUUGACGAGCUGAACAUGAAUGAUGAGUGA